AUGUCGUCAUCAGUGCCGACCGAAGAACAUUUGAAUGCACAAACCCAUCAGAUUGAAGAGGCUACCAAGUUGGCCUUCGAUGAUAGCAAAUAUUUUGAUCAAGUGUUGGAUACUAUUGCCACCAUCAGUAUAUCACAACCAAUUGACAAUUACAUUAUCCAAUCGCAUUGUCUCGAGUUUGUUUACCAAGCAUACUACUUGAGAAAGAUUCAAUCUUUCGAACUUCGAUGCAAUAAUUCUACAAAGAUUAUUGACAUGUUAUCAAGACUGAUUAUGGUGGAAGAGAGUGACCAAGUUCACAAUAGGCUGCCAAAAUAUAAGAUUACUGAAAGAUGUAUUGAAAUAUUGUCAAGCACUUAUGACUUGAUGUUCUACCGAUUUAUUGAUCAUCCUGAUAAACCUCUAUGGGCUACUUUGUGCAAGACUAGAGACUUUGUGGUCUCCCAAUGGCCAAGUGCUUACCCUUUACUAUCAUAUAACCGAGAUGCUGAUUGGUACAGAUCUAUCAGCUGCAAAAAUGCUACAAUUAGACUCAUUGGAAAAGUGAUAGCAACACAUCUUCCUCCUGCAUCUUCCUCUAGAGAUAAGAAAGUUAAAGAUAUGAACGACAUUUCCAUAGCUCUGGUAGAUAAAGAUCAUCCAUUUCUUUACAAUUCUAACAUUGGCUCUCAGGGACAGGCAUUGCUUGAUAGGUUAUUUUCUACUGUGAAUGAUGAUAUACUCAUUCCUACGGCUGUGUUUUCGGCCGUUGUCUCUGUGCUUAUGACGUUAUUUAGAUUGAGACCCAAUGUUGUUUCUAGUAAAUUUCUUAGCUUUAUCCUUGGCUAUGAGGCGCAACUUAAACGAGAUCCCAAGUUUGAAGCUGACAAAUUGAAAUUGAGAAUGAAUAGGCGAUUCAAUGAUCGGCUCGACAAAAUUAUCAUUUCUCUGCUACUUAAUAGGGGUUUCAUCAAUAAGGAUCCAAGCUUGAAGGCACGUUUUGAGAAUAAGCUAAGAUAUUUAGUAGAUAAAACUGCUGAAUUGAGAAAGAAAAGUAUUCUAGAAGAUAGUGAAGAUGACGAGGAUGAGGAUGAAGUGCAGAGGCUUCGUAAAAGAAGAAAAUUGGCUGAUAAAGAUAAUAAGAUGCAUGAACCUAUUGAUUUCUACAACGAAUGCCGGAUAGCUCGUGCGAAUGAUUAUAAGUCUAUUUACUCAUUGCUCAAACCUGGAGAUGCACUUGAGAACUUUGAUAUGUCCACCAUAUCUCCUGACAUGCUUUCUAAGAUGGUAAUUGCGGCAUUAUCUAAAGUUGAUAUUCAGAAAUUGGCGAAAGGCUUAGGGUUGGCUUCCGAUAGGUACAUAGAGAUCAUGACCCGUGAUGAUUAUAUGUUCGCGGGAAAUGCGGAUUUGGGCGAUGAGAAUGAAGGUGAUGAUACUUACGAUCCUUCAGCAGUCGUUAAAUCAGAAUCCAAGAUCCCUUCUGAUGAUGAUGAUGAAGAUGAUGUAUUUUCGGAGGAAGAUGUUUACUCCGUCCCAUUGCCAAAAACUCUUGACAUCAACCAAAAAAAGGUACAGAUCAAAAGUAUCAUCGAUAACUUUAUCAGGCUUGCCUCUCAGAAUGUUGAUGAUAAUACCGAUGAGCCGAUUUCUGGAAAUAAUCUUAGUAAGGUCGCAAUUUCAAAAUGGAAAAGUGAUUCUUGGAUAAAGAUUCUUUCCAGACUGGCUACCAGAGGUACUAUUUUGAACGAAGAAAUUUCCAAUUAUAUUAGGGAGGCCAUCUUUGAGUAUUUUCAAGUUGAUAUAAAGGAUGGGCUUACCGGUGUUAUAGAGUGGCUCAAUGAAGAGUAUUACAACGAGAGUAUUAAAUCGGAAGAUGCGGGUAAUGAAGAAACUCAUACAACAUAUACACACUAUACCGGCAAAGUCUUGGAUACCUUGAUUCCAUUUUUGGAUCCCUCUGAUAGAAAAGUUUUCAUCCGGUUGCUCAGUGAGUUGCCAUACCUAAGUAAAGAGAUGAUCCUAAAGAUAAGGUCAGUUUGCGCGGACCCUGCAAGAUCAAAGCUUGGCUUCCAGUCGGUGCUUUAUCUCAUGAUGUUUCGUCCUCCUCUGUUUCAAGGUUGUAUUGACUUGUUGAAGGAAAUGUAUGUGGAGGCAGAUAAUAAGAACAAUGAACAAUUGAAAAACUCAUGUUUGAAGUAUCUAAAGAAGUAUGCGCCGAAGGAGAUUCCUGCUACGGAUGGCAGCUAA